AUGCCACGCUUACAGUCGUUACAUUGCGAUGUUCAUUUGGAUCGAGCAUUGAACAAGUUAUGGGAGUUAGAGGAAGCUCCGCAAAAAACGUACCUUACGCAUGAGGAGCGUUACUGUGAAGACCAUUUUGAAACAACGCAUCGAAGGGAACCUAAAGGACGGUUUGUCGUCGAGUUGCCGCUGAAGCCCGAUGUAGCUCUGGGAGAGUCGCGAAACUUUGCUAUCCGGAAUUUGUUACGACUUGAAAGAAGACUCGCUUGUGACUCCGAUCUUCGUUUAUGCUACAAUGAAUUCAUGAAUGAACUCAUUGAUAUGAAACAUAUGCAGGUCACGUCAGAGACUAUGAAUCCAACGUAUUAUAUGCCUCAUCAUCCUGUUUUAAAGGAAAGUAGUACCACGACCAAAUUGAUGGUUGUAUUUAACGCGUCCGCAAAAUCGACUUCCGGAAAUUCGCUGAAUGACGCAUUAUUUAUAGGACCUCAAUUGCAAGAAGAUUUAUACUCCAUCUUACUUCGUUUUAGAACACACCGCUAUGCUGUAACAGCAGAUGUCGCCAAAAUGUAUCGUCAAAUCUGCGUAUCCUUAAAACACGCCGAUUUGCAACGCAUCGUAUGGCGUAGCCACCCAUCCCUGCCUAUCCAAGAUUUUCGCAUGGUUCGCGUAACGUACGGAGUGGCAGCUGCAUCUCAUCUAGCUGUCCGAUCACUUCAACAGACGGCUAGAGAUUCGUCGAAUGGUUGUGCUAUGGCUGUUAGUGUUAUUCUCAUGGAUUUUUACAUGGAUGAUCUACUUACUGGUGCAUCUAGUAAAGAACUUCGAUUGUUGCAGCAAAAUAUUUCCGAAAUAUUGAGGGAAGGGGGGCUUGAACUUCGUAAGUGGGCAUCGAACUGCGCUGAACUAAUGAUCGCAAGCAUUUCUAAUGCAUCUACGAACAUAUCACAUUAUAUUGUCGACGAUAAGGAUGUUCACGCUUUAGGUCUUAUCUGGAACACAGAAGGAGACUAUCUCACGUUUGCUAUUAACUUGAGGGAACCGCCAGUUAAGUUGACCAAGCGCAUGUUUCUAUCAGAUGCAAGUACGCUCUUCGAUCCUCUGGGCCUACUUGCUCCCGCUACUAUAAAUUCAAAAAUUUGGUUUCAAGACAUAUGGCGCACUAAGGUAGGUUGGGAUGAUAUCAUUCCUGAGUCUAUCGCAACGAAGUGGUUGGAGCAUCGCAUAGAACUCAAGCAAUUGGCACAUUUGAAGGUGAACCGUUGGUUUGGUACUGAAGUAGCUGGGUCAUUUACGCAAUUGCACGUAUUCGCAGACGCGUCCGAGCGCGCUUACGCCGCCGUUUUGUAUGCACGAACAACACAAAGCGACGGAAGCAUUAUUGUGUCAUUAAUUUCGUCGAAAACCAAGGUAGCUCCGCUUAAGCCGACAACGUUGCCACGUCUUGAAUUAUGCGCCGCUCAUCUUGCUGCUAAACUAGUGCGAAGCGUGCUGCACUGCUGGUCUGAUCUCCGUUAUCCGCUUUUCGCUUGGACUGACUCUACUAUAACAUUGGCAUGGUUACAAGGUCACCCCAGCAGAUGGGUGACAUUUAUAGCCAACCGCGUCGCUGAUAUUCAAGAAGUUUUGCCUCCCGAAUGUUGGAACCACGUUCGUUCUGAACAGAAUCCUGCAGAUUGUGCUUCAAGAGAUAUAACUCCCUCCGAAUUAUUACGUCAUCAAUUGUGGUGGGCUGGUCCUAUUUUCCUGAAAAGCACUGAACAAUUGUGGAAGCAGAAAAAAUCUAAAGAGCACACUACAGAGCUGGGCAUACGAAAGAGUAUUCGUGCCCAUCGCUAA